ACAAAUUUUUUAUUUUUUAUUUUAUUAUUACAUUUUGUCACUUUUAACACUGCGAAAGAGUGAACAAAUUUUGUUGGAAAGAAUAAGGAAUAUGAAAAGAAUUUGUAGUUUCUUUUGUAGUUUGUGGUUAAAAAAAAAGCAUUUGGUAUUGGAAAGUCACGUGUUUCUAUUAGAGUAGAUAUGAACUUGACACUAGUGGCCACAAUGAAGCAAUGACUUAUAUUUUAGAUGAUUUGUUAGAAUAUUUUUGAAUAUUUUAAAUUAUUAAUCGAAGCCAAUUCUCCACUGAUGGUUUUGAAUGAAUCUCACAUCUUUCCUCGAACAGAUCUGUACGAAUAAGUUUAAAAAUCUAAGUGAAAUAUGAGUCGAAAUGUGGUUUAGCGGCAAUUAAACAUUGCCGUUAUAAUAUAAUUUAUACAUCUUUGUAUUUCUAGGUGUAAUUAUAUAAUAUUUAAUCAUUUUAUGUAAAAUUAUGAGAUAAUCCGUUCAUUAGGAAUCAUUUGUUUUAUAUAAAUUCCAUUGUAAUCAUGCGAAAUUUUGUGGGUGAUUUUGUAAUUUGCAUAUUGUUGCUGCUAUCAAUGAGUCUUAUAUUUGGAGCUAGUGAAAUUAUUAAAUCUCUUGUUGAUACCGGAGGAAAUUAUUUAAAAUCUACCUCCUACAGUUGGAUCAUCAGAUUAUGUUUAAAUUUAUUGAGUUAUGCUACCGUGCUAUUACCAGGUUAUCUCAUAUACAAAUAUGUGCGGCUCACAAAAUAUAUUCAAAGGGGAGGUAAGGGAUGCAUUCCAAGAUUGGUACAUUCGUGUUUUGUUGGCCACUGUGAAACAGGACUUUUGGAUUCUUCAUCUUAUACAUCUAAUCCCUCUAAUCAACGUACUUUUACACAAGAUGCCCUGUUACUUUUAUACUGUUUCUUUGGAUUACAAAUCAGUUAUUUAACAUGGGGUUAUUUACAAGAGAAGAUAAUGACACAGGAGUAUGAAAAUGUUGCUGGUAACAAAGAUCGAUUUCAAGACUCCCAAUUUUUAGUGUUUAUAAAUCGAAUUCUUGCAUUUUUGAUGUCGGGAUUGUAUUUACUAAUUCAAAGGCAACCCCAGCAUAAAGCUCCACUCUAUAAAUACGCAUUUUGUUCCUUAUCAAAUAUUAUGAGUAGUUGGUGCCAGUAUGAAGCUUUAAAAUAUGUCAGCUUUCCAACACAGGUAUUGGCAAAAGCUUCGAAAAUAAUCCCGGUAAUGAUAAUGGGAAAAAUAAUUUCACAAACGACGUACGAAUAUUAUGAAUAUGUUACGGCAAUACUUAUUUCUAUUGGAAUGACGCUAUUUAUGUUAGAUAGUUCCGAUCAUAAAAAUGAUGGAGCUACUACUGCAUCUGGUAUCAUUCUCUUAGGAGGCUACUUAUUGUUAGAUAGUUUUACAAGUACUUGGCAAAAUGCAUUAUUCGUGGAGUAUGGUGCAACAAGUGUACAAAUGAUGUGUGUUGUUAAUAUGUUUUCCUGUAUGUUAACUGCACUGUCUUUAUUUCAGCAAUCUAGUUUCCCCCUCAUACUAUCUUUCAUGACAAAGUAUCCUAGGUUCAUCAUGGAUUGUUUACUUAUAUCAAUUUGUUCUGCAAGUGGUCAAUUGUAUAUCUUUUAUACGAUAUCUAAAUUUGGGCCAGUAACAUUCGUCAUUAUGAUGACAAUACGACAGGGUUUGGCCAUAUUGUUAUCCUGUUUGAUAUAUCAUCAUCGUGUAACGGUUAUUGGUAUUAUUGGUAUAUUACUAGUGUUUGGUUCGGUAUUUUUGCGAAUCUAUUGUAACAAUCGACUACGGGCGAUCAGAAGACGCAGAGCUGCAGCGACUAGUAUAAAAGAUUAAUUGGUAGGACGGAAACGAUAGGUACAAAUUCUAUGAAAUGUGUAUUUUCUUUUUAAAUGCACAUAUAUUUUAUUAAGUAUUUUUGAUCAUACAAUUUUUUAUGCGUAUUUCACAUACAUUUGAGAGAAAAAUUA